AUGGCAACCUUCCUACGCCCCCUAUUCAGACCCCAAGUCCUCGGUUUGGGACUUGGAGCGGGAAUAUUCGCAACCCACCAAUUGAGAUUCAAGACGCCCAUUCGACUGGAUAGCUCGCCUUCUAUAUUAUCAAGUGACAGCUACAGAAGCAAUGCGAAGACACCUGUUAUUUCAAGCGAGGGGGGCAUGAAUCCAAGGGCGAUAAGACAGAUUAGUAGUGGUAGUAUUAUUGGCCUAUGUACAGGACUGCUUGUAAGCACGUUCUCGAAGUCAUUGGCCCUCUUACUCGGAUUGAUGGUUGUAGGAGUACAGUGGGCUUCAAGUUAUGGGGUUAAUGUUAUACCAUAUAACAAAUUACAGCGCUAUGUAUCAGGUAUUGAUCUCCGCUCGGCAGUACAAGACAACGUUGCUUUCAAGUUAUCCUUCGGAACGACAUUCGCUAUGGCGGCCUUCAUGCAAUUUUAG